AUGUUACCUUUGAGGUCGUAUAAUUCUGGUGUUUUAUUAGGUAACUGGUGGGAGGAGAGAAUAUUAGAAAAAGAAGAAAAGUCUGCGCGCUUCAUUAAAAAUGAGGAUAAGGUGUCGUCUACACACUUUCUCAAUUUACUCACAGAAAGUAAUCCUACUAUGAUUCAAUGCUCAGCAAUGCCGUCAGAUGGAUAUUUGCGUUUCGGGUCGAAUGUUCAGAUUUUAAAUCCAGGAUCAUCUCCAUAUUACGUAAAAUGUGGACUUGCGCCCACACGCCCACCUUAUGCUCUUGGUCUCUCGAUAGAUAUCUCAUGCAACUUAACUUUGGAACUUUCUAAUUCCGAUGACAAUAUUUUUCAGUCGUUGGGAAGAAACGGUCUACUGAGUGUUACCGCAUCAAAGAAUGUGCAGCCUUCUGCAAAAAAUGUUUUCCGGAUAUUCUGUUUACACGAGAGUCAAUAUGGUCGUGUAAUUCGUUAUGGUGAACCAUUUGUGUUUGGAUUACAGCCGGAUAUCAUCUCAUCAAAAUGUAAUUCUGCACUAAAGAAAAAGUUAAAUACAGAUCAAUGCUUAUAUUUGGCUAGUGAUUUACAACACCUAGGUGAUCAAAAUUUACAGCCAGGUGCACAAAAUCUAUACUUCGAAGUUGGGAGACCAUCAUUUCUGUCUCAGUGGCGUUUAGAGUAUGAAGAUCCACACUUACGUAAAGAGUUUGAAGGUAGGCCAGUAAAGUCUGACCAAAAUUUAAUCAUCAAACAUGUUCGAAGUAAUAAAGCAUUAGCCUUAGAACCAGGUUUUACAGCUCGAACACUAUUCGGACAAGAAACCUGCUUAAGCGUACGAACGUACUAUGAUUCCCAUAAACUGGAGCGUGAUGUCAAUGUUUGGAUGUUAGCAACAGCUAAACAACAAGGUUUAUCAUGUAUUUCAGAUGAACAAGCACCACACAAAGUUCUUGAAAAUACUUCUUUGGAAAGUGAUCAUGCAGCAGGGUCAAAUCUUAGCGAUGAAAAACAAGUUCAUUUUGAGCAGAAUACUGAUGCAUCUGAUGCUUGA